AUGGACACAAAAAACUCAUUUAAUAAAGAUGAAAAUGUAACAUAUAAAAAUUUUCUUGAAGAUAUUUUGAGAACAUUUAAAAUUAGUAAUGAAACAAUAAAAACAGAAGAAAAUAUAUUUAAUUAUACUAAAGUAAAUGACAACUUAAAAAAAAAAUAUAGUAUAAAAAAUAAUGAAGAUGAAAAAAUAUAUUCUCAUCCCAAUAAAUCUAAGUAUAAACUAAUAAACUAUAUAAAUCAUAUUAAAUAUAAUUUGUCUAUUAAGAAAUAUUUUAAAAUGUUAGUUACUGUAUCUUUUUUAAAUUAUCUACCUUUACAUUUACGCAAUAUAUCAAAUAAUGUUUAUAUAUGUGGAAUGCAGUUAAACCUUAAAGAUUCAGAAUUAUUUAAAAUUUUUCUAAUUUUAAGUAAAUCAAAAAUAUUGUUCACUUACAGAUCAAACAUCCUUUUAAAAAUUAAUAAUGGUAACAAUUGUUUUAAUGAUAAUAAUAAUAGUCUUAAUAAUAACAGUAAUAAUUACAAAGACAUUAAUAAAAAUGAUAUUAAUGACAUUUGCGGAAUAUAUAAAAAUAUUAAAGAAUUUGAAAAAGUAAAGGGUAAAUGUAGAAAAAAAAAAAAAAAAAAAAAAUAUUAUAAGGAAAUUACAAUAAAUUUUACAGAUAUACCAGAACAUUUUUUAAAAAAAAUUUAUUUUGAUGAUAAAGAAUGUUUUUAUAUAAAUUUCGAAAGAACAUCAAAAUAUAACACUAAUAACUUGUUUGAUAAAGAUAAUUAUAGUGAUAACAACAUGAGUAGCUAUUUUUACUAUGAUAACAAUAUACAUAAUAACAUUUUAGGAAAUGAAGUCAAUGAAAACAUAUCUGUAUUUAGCACAAAUGAUAGCAGUAAUAGCAUUUUAUUUGUAGAUAAUUUUGAAAGUGAUUUUGAUGAAAAUGAAGAGAAUAAAAAAAAUAUUGAAUUUUUAUAUUGUUAUGAUGAUAAAAAAAUAAAAGAUGCUAACAGUAACAACACUAGUAUUAGUGGUAGCAGUAAUAACAAUAGUUCCUCUAAAUCCAAAAACUAUAAAAUAAACAAUGAUCUCAUAAAUAAUGUAAAUAAAAAUAAUAAACAAAAUGAAAAUAAUAGAACAUCUCAAGACUACAGCAAUUAUGAAGUAAAUAAAGAAAAGAAAAAUAAUAAAUUAAAAAGUAUGCAUUUUAAUGAGGAAAAAAAAUGUUCUGAAAACUUUAAAGUUAAAAAAAAAAAAUAUACGAAAAUUAUAAAAAAAAAAAAAAAAAGGUGGACAAAAUAUUAUGAUAACUUAAAAUAUAUUCACAUAAGUGACAAUGGAUGGGGGUGUAUGUUAAGAGUAGUUCAAAUGGUUUUAGCAAAUAUAUUAAUAAGCUACAAAAUAUCAAGGAAAUAUGUUUUGUUUCAUAAUUCUAAUGAUUAUUUACUUUAUAAGAAUUUUCUGAAAAAUUUUCAUAGCAGUAAAAAUGUAAAUAAAAAUAACAGUAUAAUUAUUCAGAAAGAAAACAUACAAACUACUUUCUCUUUUGUUAAAAAAUUGAAAGAAAGUAAUAUGACAGAAAAGAAAAAAAUAAAUUUUAAUAAAAAAUUAAAAUGUGAUAAAUUAUACGAGAAGGAAAUGAAGGAAUCAGGUUUUGUGGUAAGAAAAAUACGAUCAAAUAUAUUUGAUAAUAAUGAAAACAAAUCUUUAAUAAAUAGAAAUAAUAAAAAUUUAUCUGAGCAAUUAAAUUAUAUAUCAAAUAAAAGUGUUAAUUUUUUAAUAGAUAAAAAAAAAGCGGAAAUAUAUGAAAAUAAAGUGAAAAAAAAUAUAUCUAAAGAUAUUUAUAUGUAUAAAAAAAAUGAUAGAAUGAAAAAUUAUGUUUACCAUCAUUUUAAGUCUUAUGAAAACUUUUUAAAUAGCACUGAUGACAAUAUUAAAAACAUUCAUUUAAAUAACUCAUUAAUAUAUCCUAUAUUGUUACAAUUUAGAGAUAUAGAAACAGCUAAAUAUUCCAUACAAAAUAUUAUUUAUGAAAUAAUGAAGUACAAAAAAAUUGAUGAAAGCGAAAUGGAGCAUUUUGUUCAUGAAUGGAUGGGGCCUACAAGUAGCGCGGUGAUUAUAUCAAAUUUAAUUAAUAAAAAAAAAGUUCGUUUUGUGAAAAAAAGAAAAAAAAAAACUGUAAAUCAUAAAAAAAAUAUAUUAGAAAAUGAUUUAGUAAAUAAAAAUAAUUCCUUUAAAAAAAAAAAUUCGAAUUUUGAAAAUUCUAAUGAAAAGCUUGCAAAAUUAAUAUUCAUGAGAAAAAAAAAUAGACAAGCAUUUUUUUCUGUAGCAUUUGAAACAGGUGUAAUAUAUAACAGUAAAGUUUUAAAAUUUUUUCAAAUAAAACAGAAAAUAUCCAUAAUAAUAUGGAUUUGCCUUAAAUUAGGCGUCGAUUCUAUAAAUGUUUCAAAAUAUAAGAAAUCUAUAUUAUCAUGUUUUCUUUUAAAACAAUUUCAAGGAAUUAGCAGCGGUAAUAUUCAUACUAGUGCUCAUUAUUUUUAUUCAGCAAACGAAAACGGCCUUUUUUAUCUCGAUCCUCAUAUAAAAUGUCAAAAUGCUUUUAAAAGUAUAAAUAAAAAUUUUACAUCAGAAUUUUUUACUCAUAAAAUAAAAUUUUUGCCAUGGGAAUAUUUAAAUUCAUCAGUUUCUCUCAUAUUUGUUGUGGAUUCGAAAGAUGACUAUUUUAAUCUAGUUGAAAAUUUAAAAUUAAUUGAUCCAAGUAUAUUUGAAAUUUAUAAUGAAGAACCUCAAUAUACCUUUAAAAACAAAUUAAGCUUUGACACAGACGAUUCAGGGUUAGUAGUUUUGUAA